AGUUUUGCGUACUUUAAGCUCUACUACAUAGUAAAGUUAAACCCAAGGCUGUAUUCGGCCCGACCCGAAUGUAAGAAGAAGGAAGAAAUUCGCAGUUUCACAAAUUGUGAACACCCAAUUCUCUGAUCCCGCACCCUUGUUAGGUUCUUGGCUGUCUAGAGAAAAUGAGCGCAGUCUCUUCCAGUUCCCUUUGUUUUUACACUGGCCAUUCUUGGAACAGCCUCAAGGAGUUUGGAAGGGGCAGAAAGCAACAAGAUAAGAAGCUACUUGUGAAGUGUUCCAGCAAGAAUGGGAAUCCAUCUUCACAAAAUGCGGCUCGUGUUGGUGUUCUUGGAGCUAGUGGCUACACUGGUUCUGAGGUUUUGCGACUCUUGGCAAAUCAUCCACAAUUUGGGAUUGCACUGAUGACUGCCGAUAGGAAAGCUGGGCAGCCAAUCUCUUCUGUAUUCCCACAUCUGAGCACUCGGGACUUGCCAGAUUUGAUUGCAGUAAAGGAUGCGGACUUUUCUGAUGUGGAUGCUGUAUUCUGUUGUUUGCCUCAUGGGACUACUCAGGAAAUAAUUAUAGGCCUGCCCAAUCACUUGAAGAUUGUUGAUCUUUCAGCAGAUUUUCGACUAAAAGAUCUUUCUGAAUAUGAAGAGUGGUAUGGUCAGCCACACAGAGCACCAGAUUUACAGAAAGAAGCUGUAUAUGGAUUGACAGAGGUUUUAAGGCAGGAAAUAAAGAAUGCACGUCUAGUUGCCAAUCCUGGAUGUUAUCCAACUUCUGUUCAACUUCCCGUUGUCCCACUGAUAAAGGCUGGUCUAGUUGAGAUUAAAAAUAUUAUCAUUGAUGCUAAAUCUGGUGUCAGUGGAGCAGGGCGUAGUGCCAAAGAAAAUUUAUUGUUCACUGAAGUAACUGAAGGUCUCAAUUCUUAUGGUGUUACCCGUCAUCGCCAUGUUCCUGAAAUAGAACAAGGACUUGCUGAUGCUGCAGGUUCAAAAGUAACCGUUAGUUUUACACCACACCUAAUUCCAAUGAGUCGUGGAAUGCAAUCAACUAUUUAUGUGGAAAUGGCUCAAGGAGUGAGAACUGAGGACCUGCACCGACAACUGAAGCUCUCAUAUCAGGAAGAAGAAUAUGUUGUGGUGUUGGAAAAUGGAGCCAUUCCUCGAACUCACAGUGUGAAGGGGACUAAUUACUGUUUAAUCAAUGUUUUUCCGGAUCGAAUUCCUGGAAGAGCAAUAAUUAUAUCUGUUAUUGAUAAUUUAGUGAAGGGAGCUUCAGGUCAAGCUUUACAAAACCUUAACUUGAUAAUGGGAUUUCCAGAAAAUCUGGGACUUCAUUACCUGCCUCUGUUUCCUUAGAGUACUUCUUUUGUCUAGCUAGAGCUCCAACACUAGUUACAGUUUCACCUCAUUUUUUUUGUUGUUGUUGCUUUGUAAUCUUAAAAUAAGCCAUUGAGUUUUGAGGUGAUUUGGUUUUUCAAGCAUGAAUUUUGGCCUUUUUGUAAUGCCAAUGUUUAAGUGGACUAUGAAAUCUCCAUCUCAAGUUUCUUUUGA